UUCGCAAUAUAUUAAGACCUUUGGUAUUUAUUCAAGAAAGGAAUUUCCCUUUCUGAUGAUAUCCUUUAGAGAAGCAUAUUGUUUAGAAUAACAUGGACAGUGGUGCACUGAGUAAUGAUGGGGAUUCAUUUCUGUAUUUUGGGUUUGCCAGCAACCUGCUGAGAGCCCGUAUACACAUUGGUACCCCAACCGCGGAGCUAGUUGGUCCAGCUAAACUAGAGGGUUAUAGACUAUGUUUUCAAGUGUACCCCGGAUGGAGUGUAAAACAAAGUCUAUGGAACGGAGCCCCUGCCUCUAUUAUAGAGAGUCCUCAAGGCCACGUCUGGGGAGCAGUAUGGCGUCUCCAAAAAUCAGAUCUGGCUAAUCUAGAUCCGCCAGAAUCUAGCUAUAAAGCAUUUGACGUCACGGUGACGUCACCAGAGGGUAUGGAAUACGUUUGUCGCACCUAUCAGAUGAUGAAUGGCCAAGAGGAAGAACUUCCAUCACCAUACUACAUGAAGGUCAUCACAGAGGGCGCCGUAGAGUCUGGCCUUCCAAAAACCUACGUCGAGUUCUUAAGGUCAAUCAAGCACAAUGGACAGACUAACCCACCAGAUAUCAUGAAUGAAAUAUUCAAAUGAUCAAUUACUUAAUUUUAUCUAUUCUAUUAAAAAUCGAGCAUCGUGAACUGAAGCCCCGAAUCUGCAACAUAUCAGUUUCUCCAUGUUGUAUAUACCAGCAGGUAGGCCUACUAUAGGUUUGAAGACAGACACUUUCCUCAUUAUUUUGUAAUUCACUCUUUCUUGUACUUCUCUUAAUUAGUUCUCUUUACUUUUAUGUUUUGCUCUUUUAUAAGCGCCUUGAGCAUUUAAUCAAAAUGGAAAAGACGCUAUAUAAAUCAUAUGUAUUAUUAUUAUUAUAAUUAUAUACUGUAAAAAUAAUAUGUACUUAAGAAAACAAUGUUUGAUGCAUGAAGGUCAUCUGUAUCUACGAAUGCAAAAAAAUGGUUGUGAAAUUUUACUCCGAUCCCAUCGACCAGUUGCUGUAGAUCAAGGUGAAAAUACACUAUUGAAAAUGACCCAAAAAAAAUCCACAAAAAAUGUGUGCUUCGAAAUAGCUAGACUUUAUGUAUAUUCAUACCGGUCCAUUAAUCCAUUUUAAUAUCAUUCUAAUCAAUACAGAAAUUCUCAAGCAGAUUAUUAUAAUAAAUUUGGCCAUCUGGAUCCAUGAUUCUCAAGCAAGACAUAAAGCGUUUAACCCUCCAAUCUAGGAUGCUUCAAAAGAGUCCUCUAAGUUAUUGGCGGGAUGAAUCGUACGUGAAAAGUUCCUUUGUAUGCUUGAAAAUCGUAAGUCUAGAUGACUAGACAUAAUUCAAGAGUAUGAUUGAGUAUUUUCGUGGACGAAUUAUAAUUUACAACAGCUUUACAGAAAACUAGAUGAUCACGUUGAAUCCAUUCAAAUUGUGUCCUUUUUAAAAAGAAGAAAAAUUAAUAUGUGUGAUAAAGGCUAUCAUUGUAAUACUCAUUCUGACUAAUUCAGAUAAACAAUAUAUCACCAACUAUAAAUUGCAACUUUAAAGGUAUGCAAUACCGAUUAAAUUUAUUUUGCGAAAGGUUAUUUUAUGUCAGCGGAUUUUUAUAAAAGGAAUUUAGUAGUGGCUUCAUUGCUUUUCUUAUCACAUUUCCCAAUAGAUAUUCUGUAUAUGAAUUAAAUAUUUUAUUUGAGACAUAAAAAAAGCAUUUUUCUA